AUGGUAUCCACAGUCAACCACGGUGCAUGUCUUGUCCAUAUCCAUAGAAAUGUUCACGGUAAAUACAAAGGUUACGGUCAGAAAGGGUUGGUCGGAAAGGCUGGAGAAGCGUUCACAGUUUCUAAUUUCAAGAAACUAUACGCAAGGCUGAAGGAUGUUGAUUAUCGUUGUUGGAAGUACAUGGAAAAUAUCCCUCUUGCGCUGUGGACUAGAUCACACUUUUCUGGUCAGAGGUAUAAUAUGACCUCCAGUAACAUUGCAGAGUCUCUGAACAAUGCACUACUCGCUGCAAGAGACAGUCCAAUCGUUGCAAUGCUAGAAUUUAUCAGGCGAUUGUUAAGUAGGUGGCUUGAAUGCAGAAGAGAGAACAUUCAAAAGAUGGAUGGUGACAUUACAGAAGAGGUUGACAAGUUAAUGAACCUGCAGCAGCAAAAAUCUGCUGCACUAUCGGUUCAAGGCAUUUCUUUGUGGGAAGUUGAAGUGAGUUCUGAGUUCGGUGUACGGAGGCUUGUUGAUCUCCUAAACAAAACAUGCUCAUGUCUAGAGUUUCAGACAUUGAAAUACCCUUGCCGACAUGCAAUGGCCGCGGCUAGGCUUCGUCAAGUGGAGUACAGCAGUUUGGUUGAUCCAAUUCUUAAGAAAUCAAUUUGGAGUGAAACAUUUUGUGGCAGAAUCCUACCAGUGCCCGACCCUGACGACAUUUGUAUCCCAGCAGAGGUGCGUGACCUUAAUAUUAUGCCACCUAAAGCAAAACGUCCAUCAGGAAGGCCUACGACGAAGAGAAAACUUCCAGCAGGAGAAUAUCCUCAGGUUGCGAAAAAAAAGAAGCCUAACAAAUGCUCGAGAUGUGGAAAUGCCGGCCAUAACCGGGCAAAAUGCAAGGAACCAUUGGGUUGA